AGCAAUCGUUACAUAAGGCAAGGGUAUAAAAGUAUAGCAUUUAUUGCUAGAAUAAGAAAAAUGCAUGAACGCGAAUAUAAGAAUGGAACGCGUAGUGAUGCCGAACGUGAUGCUAGCUCUUAUCGAACGUAAAGUUGUUCGCGCGGGAAACGAUUCGAAGUGCCUCCGCUAUAUAUAUGACGUUCUCCUGCGUUCAUUUCAAACAUUUCAAUCAUUUCCAGAACACGGCGGACUGGCGGACGCCGCGGACGGUACGGAUCGGUUCCGGGACGAGUGGCGUGUCGCGAUUCAUUUAAUUAAGAACGCGACGGCGCGGCGGACGGACACGAUACGGAUCGGUCCCGGGUCGAGUGGCGUCGCGACUUAUAGGCCUGCAACUCACCCUGAAAUUUGUUACCGAACCGGAAACGACGAGAUAACCAGCUCUAACUAUGAAAUAUCGAAAGUACAUCGUGUGACAAGUAAAUAAACGAAAGUUCGCUAAAGUUCGCGCAUCGGAACAAUACAAAAUGGCGUCUUGAACAUAAGAUUCUUCUCGAUUUUUUUUUUACAUCUUUGGCUUGAUAAAAUUGAAAUUAUUAGUAUCGAAUUUUAUUUAGAAAAGUGUAAA